AUGGUAGGAAGAUGGAAGAAACCGAUAAAGGAAAUGGUGAAGGUUGGAGGUCAAAGGAUUCCGAUGAGAGAGACGAAGAGAUGCUUAUGUGGCAUGAGAGAUGAUGAGAGAGAAAGGAGGAUUUUGAAGGCCGCUAGGGUUUCGGGAGAGAGGAAGAGGAAGAAAGGGAAAAGUGAGGGAAAAUGGAUCUCUUUUCAAAUGAGACGGGGAGAAAGGGAAAAGGAGGAAAUAUGUGUGCCACUUGGUACAAUGGGUGUUCAAAUUCACAACAAAAAAAAUGUUCAAUUGAAAGAAGAGGUUUUGCGGUUGAGAAUUAGAAUAAUGUACUUGUCGAUUGAGGGAAACCUAAAGCUAUAA